AUGAGACAAGAAUUAGACGAAGACGGAGAGGUGAAUAGGAUUACUCAGAAGGGAAAACAGUUUUAUCAACACAGGCGGGAUGGCAACAAGGAUACUUUUCGUCUAGAUGAGCAGGCAUGUGGCAGAUGCGGAAAUUCAUAUCAUAUGCAAGGAAGAAGAUGUCCUGCGACGAAAUCCGUAUGUCGCAAAUGUAAGAAAGAGGGACAUUGGGAACGAGUAUGCAGAUCAAGAGGAAUACGACGCGUGGAACAAGAAGAUGACGGCGAAGGAGAAGCAAGCGUCGCAUAUGCGUUUCUCGGGACUGUGAAUACUUCAGAUAGCGAAUCGGUAUUUAAAUUCAAGGCAUAUGCUUCUGAGCUCUCGAGAACACUAGAUUUUAUUGUCGAUACAGGCGCGGACAUCACGUGCAUUUCAGACAAGUGUAUCCCGAGAGAAAGUAAAAAUAGAAUAUGUAAAUCAGAUAAAAUUAUUUCAGGACCAGACGGGAAAAGAUUACCUGUCGUAGGAUUCAUGAAUGUUACUCUCCGGGGAAAACAGUUAAACAUCCAAACAAAAGUUUUUGUGAUCCUGGGCUUAAAACAAAACUUAUUAGGCAGACCGGAGAUUAACAAAUUUAAUUUGGUGCGGGAAGUUAAUAAUAUUAACAAUAUACAAGAGAAUGGUAUAAGGAAAAUAAUUUCCUCUUCCUCGGAAAUAUUUAAAGGGAUUGGACAAUUCAAAAAGCAGUUGAGUAUUGAAAUUAAGGAAAAUGCAAUGCCUUUUUUCCAAGCAGUCUCUAGAACUGUACCUAUUCCACUACUUCCGAAAUUAAAAAGAGAGUUGAAUAGACUUUUAAAAUUGAAGAUAAUUAAAACCGUGGACUUUCCAACAGAGUGGUGCAGUCCGAUAGUAAUCGCUUCAAAAAAAGGCACUGAUGAUAUUCGUUUAUGUUGUGAUUAUACAAAAUUAAAUAAUAGCGUGAAACGAGCAAACUUUCCAAUACCUAAAGUGGAUGUAAUAUUAUCCAGCCUGAAAGGUUCAAAAAUAUUUUCCAAAUUAGAUGCUCAAUCGGGAUUUUAUCAAAUACGAUUGAAUGAAGAUAGUCAACCAUUAACGACCUUCAUAACGCCAUUCGAGCAUAAUAAAACUCUUGAAGAGGUGUUAACCAGGCUAAAGAAGGCAGGUAUCACAUUAAACAAAAACAAGUGCGUUUUCGGAGUUAAGCAGAUAGAAUUUCUUGGACAUAGGUUAUCGGAAAAAGGGAUUGACGUUCUACCUUCUCAUGUCUCUGCUAUUGUGAAUUUUCCAAUACCAAGAAAUAAAGAAUUCCUAAUGCAAUUGUUAGGCUCAGUAAACUAUGUGAGCAAGUAUUUGCCUAACAAAUCUUACACCUUAGAACCGUUAAAUUCUUUAUUGAAAGAUGAUACUCCGUUCGAAUGGAGGGAUUCUCAACAGAGAGCGUUUGAUCAGAUAAAAAAUUUGCUAACGAAAACACCUACUCUUGCAUAUUACGACUACUCUAAAAAUAUUAUUAUCCAAGCAGACGCCUCGAGUUACGGAUUGGGAGGCGCAUUGUUACAGGAAAACGAAAAAAAAGAACGCGAAAUAGUAGCUUAUGCAUCCAGAACAUUAACCAAUUCCGAAAGGAAAUACAGUCAAAUCGAAAAAGAGGCUCUGGCUUUAGCGUAUGCAGCGGAACACUUUAAAGAUUUCAUAACAGGCAUUAGCAUAAUUCUAGAAACCGACCAUAAACCGGUCAUCCAAAUCUUACAAUAUAAACUUUUAGACGAGUUGACACCCCGACUUCAAAGAAUUCGGAUGCGACUGAUGCGUUACAAUUACAAAGUAAUCUAUAUGCCGGGUAAACAGUUAAUUCUGGCGAAUUGUUUAUUUAGGAAUCCCAUACAGAGCAUAAAGAAUUCGGAAAAGGAAUUUGAGGAAGAAAUCGAUUAUUAUGUGCAUUUCGUUACUAGCCAUUUUCCCGCGUCCAAGAAUCUUCUAGAGAGAAUAAAAGACGAACAGGAAAGAGAUCCCGUUUGCAUAAAAUUAAAAGAGUUUUGCUUAAACAAAUGGCCAACAAAAGACAGAAUACAAAAAAAGUUAUUAGCUUAUUUCCAGUUAAAGGACAAUAUAUCAUUUUCAAACGAUUUUCUUAUGUUCAAUUCUAGAUUAAUUAUUCCUCCAUCUCUUCAACGAAAAUUACUGUUAAAGGUACAUGAAGGGCAUUUAGGAGUAAACAAAUGCAGAGAUAAAGCCAAGCAGUCAAUCUGGUGGCUUGGUAUAGACAUGCAAUUAAAGAAUUUAGUUGAAAACUGCCCUAAUUGCGUUGAACAAAGGCUUAACAUUAAAGAACCCUUCAUAAAAGAAACGUUUCCGGAUCGUCCGUGGCAAAAAGUAGGGAUGGAUUUAUUCAAGAUGAACACAUGGUAUUUAAUUAUAGUAGAUUAUUACUCAAGAUAUUUCGAGAUUUUCCCAUUAAGGACGCUAACUGAAAAGGAAAUUAUAACGAAAUGCAAACAGACCUUUGCACGAUACGGUAUUCCAGAAAUCGUACGUAGCGAUUGUGGCAUACAGUUCGCAUCCGAAUUCCGUCAUUUUGCGAGCGAUUUUGAUUUUAAACAUGUAACUAGUUCUCCAAAGUAUUCGCAAAGUAAUGAUGCCGCGGAAACCGCAGUAAAAAUAUCAAAAUCUAUCAUAAAAAAAUCUAAUGGCGAUAUAAAUUUAGGACUCUUAACGUAUCGAAUUACGCCUUUAGAGAACGGAUUCUCUCCAGCACAACUCAUGUUUUCUAGACAAAUUCGUUCACGCGUACCACUACUACCAGAUAAAUUAGGAUCUUUUAUAGAACAUAACAAAGUCAUAGAAACAGAAGCAAAAAGAAAGAACAAACAAGAGUGCAAUUAUAACAAGAGACACCGAUCUAAACUUCUAUCAAAACUUAAAGUAAACGACACCGUAUGGGUCACAGAUUUGCGGGUAUAUGCAAAGGUUGUAACAAUAGAUAGUAACCCAAAUGAGUAUAUAGUAAAAACCGAAAAAGGCAGCGUUCUAUGA